CAGCUUCAUAUCUUCUUCUUCCCUUUCUUGGCUUACGGCCACAUGAUACCGACUGGGGACAUGGCAAAGCUGUUCGCCUCACAUGGUGUCAAGACAACCAUAGUCACCACUCCUCUCAAUCGCUCCUCUCUUCUCCAAAACAAUUGAAAAGAGCAAGAAUUCCGGUGUUGACAUGGAUAUCAAAAUUAUCAAGUUCCCUUCUGCUCAAGCUGGAUUACCGGAUGGAUUUGAGAGCCUGGAGCCUUCCAAAGAAGUGUGGAUGGAUGUGAUAAGCAAAUUUGGCCUGGCCACAUCUCUGCUCCAAGAACCCCUUGAGCAGCUGCUUCAAGAAUUCAAACCGGCUUGCUUGGUUGCUGAUUUUUUCUUCCCUUGGGCUACUGAUGCUGCGAAGAAGUUUGGAAUUCCCAGGUUGGUGUUUCAUGGAACUAGCUUCUUUUCAUUGUGCAUGACAGAAUGCUUGAGACUAUAUGAGCCAUUCAAGAGAGUCGAGUCAGAUGAUGAACCAUUUGUGGUGCCAAAUCUUCCUGGAGAAAUCGAGUUGACGAGGAAGAAAAUACCGGAUUUCUUGGUGGAGGAAAUUGAAACCGACAUGACCAAGAUGUUUAAAGCAUCCGAAGAAUCAGAGCUGAAAAGCUACGGGGUGGUGGUUAACAGUUUUUAUGAAUUGGAGGCAAGUUAUGCUGAUUUUUAUAGGAAUUUUUUGGGAAGAAAGGCAUGGCACAUUGGUCCUGUUUCGCUCUGCAACAAGGGAAUUGAAGACAAAGCAGAGAGGGGGAGGAAGGCAUCCAUUGAUGAAGACGAGUGCUUAAAGUGGCUUGAUUCCAAAAAAACCAAUACAGUUGUUCACAUCUGUUUUGGAAGUAUGGCCAGGGUCACUUCUACUCAAUUGAAGGAGAUCGCAAUGGGGCUUGAAGAUUCAGGACAAGAGUUCAUUUGGGUGGUUAAGUUAGACAAAGGCAAUGAAGAAGAGGAACGGUUACCCGAACGAUUUGAGGAGAGAACGAAAGAGAAAGGCUUGAUAAUAAGAGCAUGGGCGCCACAGGUGCUGAUUCUGGAGCAUCCUGCAGUUGGAGGAUUUGUGACUCAUUGUGGGUGGAAUUCAACCUUAGAAGGUAUAUCUGCUGGUGUGCCAAUGGUCACAUGGCCCAUUGCCGCUGAGCAAUUCUACAAUGAGAAGCUAGUGACUGAUUUUCUUAAGAUCGGAGUUGCUGUUGGGGUCAAGCAUUGGGUGAGUGUGGUGGGUGAUUUCGUAAACAGAGAUGAAGUUGGGAAGGCGGUAAAGGCGAUAAUGGUGGGGGAGAAAGCAGAGGAAUUGAGAAGCAGAGCAAAGGCAUUUGGAGAUACUGCAAAAAGGGCAGUUGAGAAAGAUGGUUCUUCUUACUCGGAUCUGAAUGCUCUGAUUCAAGAAUUAAGUUUGCAUCAGGGUCAUUGAACUUGGGAGGGAAACUAAAAGCAUAAUUUAAUG